AUGCCAUCUGCCGCUUUCAAACGCUGCAGACGCUCGGCCACAGCAGUCAUGGCUGGUGCCUUUGACCCCCGGCCCUCCAGGGACGUCCUCACCAGCGUCCUCAACGGCGUCAGUCCAUACCACGAAGUCGAGAGGGACGAGGAGGCCAGGAGGAAGCGCAAGCAGGAGAAGAAGGAGAGGGAGAGGGAGAAGCGCAGGAAGGCACGCGCUGCGGAAAAGGCGGCAGUCAGGACACCGAUGGACGUGAUCGCCGACGCGAGGCCAUACGCGACGGCCCCAAGCACAUUGGCCACCACGGGCUCGUUCCAGACACCGCCCACCGCGUCGACCAGCAAGCCAAUCUAUGUGCGGCCCACCAUUCACAUCCCCGCCUUCCAGCCUUCGACCUCCGUCACGCCGUCGCCCGCCUCGUCGCCACGCAUCAUCUUGUUCACCCCCAACUCGACGCCCGGCCCCUCCAUCUCCUCCAGCACGUCGCGCACGUCGUCGAAGAGACCUCGUACACCAGACGACGACGUGGAAAUGGGCUCCGUGUCCGCGCCGGUCAUGCAGCGCCCUCCGCGCAAAAAGCGUCAAGCGGCGAAGAAGGGCUGGAAGGGCUGGUGCGAGAUCGAAGGCUCCCCACCUCCUUCGGAACGUCUCAUCAAGCUCGACGUCCCCCCCGUACUGCAGGAGCGCCGCACCCGAAGUGGCAAGAGCUUUGACGCUAUCGGCGUCGGUCGGACUGAGUGGGUGUAG